AGAUCCAAACUUUGCCAGUGAGACUCAAACAGCAGCAGCAGCAGCAGCAGAAAAGAAGAACCAAGUUGAAAUAACAGAAUCCAGCUGUACUACACACCUCAAUCGCAAGAAUGCUUUGCGUGGCUAUUUUCCUGUUGCUGACGAUGAGCAGAGUGGGCCUGGGUUCUCUGCAGGACAAGCAGACUGACUUUGGCUUGAAGGUGUUCUCUUUGCUGGCCCAGGGCUCCAUGAACAAGAGCGUGGCUUUUUCCCCAUAUGGUAUUUCAUCUCUUCUCACCAUGGCUCAGCUGGGUGCGGAUGGAAAAACCCGUGAGGCCCUAACUACAGCAAUGGGCUUUUCUCUGCAAGAACGAGGGAUGCUUCGGGAGCAGCGCCUCCUACAAGCGGACCUGGGCAGAGAGGAGGGUUUGGAGAUAGCCAGUGGGGUGAUGGUGGAGAGGAAGAUGAGUUUGGAGAAAAGAUACCGCCGAGUCCUGAGCAAAGCUUUCCAAACACACCCUCACCAGGUGGACUUCACCAAUCCAGAGCAGGCUGUCAGCAUAAUCAACGCCUGGGUCUCAGACCACACUGCAGGUGCUAUCCCUGAAUUCUUGGCAUCUGGAUCUCUGACUGAUGAGACCCGUCUGGUUCUUCUUAAUGCCCUCCACUUCCAAGGCCUCUGGAAGGUUCCCUUUGACCCCAAACUGACACAGGAAAGGAUGUUCCACUGUGCCAAUGGCAGCACUGUGCCUGUACACAUGAUGAGACUCACCAACCAAUUCCACUAUGGGGAGUUUGUGACCGCUGAUGGGGUGGAUUACGAUGUAAUUGAGAUUCCGUAUGAAGGCAACUCACUGAGCAUGCUCCUGGUGUCACCCUUUGAGCCGGAGGUUCCGCUGAGUGUGCUCAGCGCAGAACUGAGCAGCCAGAAGAUUCAGCAGUGGAGAGCAGAGCUGAGGAAUGUCAAAAGGCAGCUGGCCUUUCCCAGGUUUACUCUGAACUCUGAGGUGGAUUUGAAGACUGUUCUGCUUAACAUGGGACUGGGUGACAUGUUCAACCUGGCUGCUGCUGACUUCACACGCAUCACCUCUGAAGAGAGGCUUUGUGUGUCAAAGAUCCUGCAGAGAGUGAAGAUUGAGGUUAAUGAAGAGGGAACCAAAGGAGCAGCGGCAUCAGCUGCUGUUAUGUUUUCCCGUAUGGCAGUGGAGGAAAUCACUCUGGACCGACCUUUUCUCUUCCUUAUCCAGCAGAAGCACACAGGUGCCGUUCUGUUCAUGGGUCAGUUCAACCAGCCUUAACAUCAAUCACCCACUCCAAAGACCAGAAGCCUGUGCUAUGAAACAUAAUUUGGGGUUGCUGAGGUGACUUCAGGUUUAACCCUGGGUUUUCAGGGCUAUGACGAUGAUUCAGUUCUUACUGGGUACAUCUUCAUAGUAACCUAUAUCUAACACCUAACCCACUCCGGAGCAGGUUAUAUUCAAUAUAACAGAUCAAAGCUUUUUAAAGGACCCCUACUGAUCCAUCAACUCCCUUGGAAAGAACAUCACCAUUCAUAGAAGAUCUCAUGGAGUUCGGUGUGGAUAGUAAGAGGGGUUGCAACAGUAUUACUGCUGUAAGCGAUUAAAACAUUAAAGCAUUAUAGCCUACUUGCUGACCUUACAAGAUUUGCAGUAAGCCUAUUUACCAAAAUGAUGACUGAAUGUAUCAUUAAUUAAUUCAUCGUCCACAUCGCCAUGAAAAUGAGUUUAUUUUUAUUACUUAAUUAUUUAUUGUUUACAUAAUUAGUCUAUUUUGUGAGUAGCAUGUACUUUACAGAGAGAGAUGUUACUGCAUUCAGACUGGCUACAUAAGUAGCAAAAAGAAGGUGUAUUUUUUGCUAUCAGUUCUUACAGAUUGUUCCUUGUAUUGUGUAUUUUUCUGAUUUGCCUUGUUACAAAGUUGCAUUUAUGUUUUUGCAGUGUUUCUAUUUAUUAAAUUCAAUGGUUUUUACAAA